UAGGGGCUCUCAAGCAUGGAGAAUCCGAUAAGCAGGCCUAUAUAGCUGUAUGGAACCACCAUGGCACCACAUCUGGGAGAAACGGAGCAACAUGGCCAGACUAGCAUUGUUCAGCGUCCUCGCCGUCACAUUGGCUGUAUUACUGUGUGACGUUACGGCGGAUUCUUCCGACGCGGACGAAGAUCGCUAUGCUUCCGAAGAUGAUCCUUCCGAACGCGCCGCCUCCGCCUCCGCUCACGCUUCAGCCCAAGGACAAGGAAACAUGUACCCUCGCUACCCACCAAGGCCCGUAGUAAACCCACUCCCUCAGAAGAUGGUGCGAUGCAUCACGUGCUCGGGAUGCUCGCAGGCGAAGAAUGUGACCACUUCGAAGUUGUGUCCGUAUUCGCAGGACCCGUUCAAGAAUGGGAAAUGCGUUGUGUUUUCUGAGAAGUACUACCACAUGAAGGAACCAUUCGUCGUGCGUGGCUGCAUGGCCGAGCGGGGCUCCUGCUCCGAAAUAAGAGCCGCCGUGGAGCCCCAGAAGGAACUGGUUAGCCUACUAUCCUGUCGAGAGUGUGAGGGCGAUCUAUGCAACGGGGCAGGACACUUCACUCCAAACCUGGUGACGGCACUCGUUGCUAUGUUUGUAACACCUUUGCUCAUGAAAUAUACACUCUCUUAGGGCAGAAAAAGUUUGAAACUA